UUCGUCUGGCAUCAAGUCUGUGGCAACUGAUGCAGACAAAAUAAAAUAUAAAAGUCAUACAAUUUGAAUUGGAAAAUUGCCAAAAAAACUUGUCAAAUAACUGAGACAAAAAAUCUAAUACCUGACUGCCAAUAUCUAGUACAAGUUAGUCUUCAAUUAAAUCAUCAAGAAAAACAAUGUCAAAACCAACUGAAGAAGGCAGAAGAAGACCACCUCUACGUGAUGAUUCCUCGUUUGUUGGCGAUCGAAAAGGAAAACUUUUGGCUGUCAUUGGUGACGAGGAUACCUGUGUUGGAUUUUUGCUUGGUGGAGUUGGUGAAAUAAAUAAACAUCGUCAAUCGAAUUUCAUGGUUGUUGACAAGAAUACUGCUGUUAGUGAUAUCGAGGACACUUUCAAAAGAUUUUUAAAAAGAGAUGAUAUUGACAUUAUCCUGAUCAAUCAAAAUGUUGCUGAGAUGAUUCGUCAUGUCAUUGACAGUCACGUACAACCUGUACCAUCAGUUCUUGAAAUACCCAGUAAAGAUCAUCCUUAUGAUGCCAGCAAGGACUCAAUCCUUCGACGUGCCAAGGGUAUGUUCAAUCCAGAAGACAUACAUUAGAUUAACACAAUGAUCAACCCCCCAAUUAAAAAUAUAAAUCAAAUAAUUGUCUAUCACAAUAUAUUGUAUUAUAACAUUUAUUCUUUCAACUGUCAAGACGACAAGAUAUACUAAAAUACAAAAAAAAAAGUAAUAAUAAAUGUUUAAACAUUCCUGAAAGGUAUUAAUUAAAUUUUCAUUAUGUUAAAACAUUUAAAAAGUAAAUGGGGGCUAUAUUUUUUUUUCAAAAGCAGUUUUAUUAAAUUGUAUAACAAUUGUUGAAAUUAUAAAAAAAAAAAAAGUGUUUAUGAAUUAAUAAAAUAGUUGAUAAAACGUGAUGUAAAUAGAUUGUUGAAUUGAUGAGUAUAUCACUUGAAUAUUAUUCUCUUUAAGUUAUUAAGUAUUAAUUGUUCACACUGAUUAUUAUUGUUGUAAAAUAGUAAAUUGAGAAAAAAAUGCACACACACACACAAGGCAGAUUGUUUAGCAAUUAAAUAGAUUUUUCUAAAUCGAAAAAAAAAACAAGAUAUAAAAUAAGAUUCGUAAAUUUGUCAAAAAAAAAAAACAACAGUUCUUAGUAAAAACUUGAAUCAAAAUAUACAAAUAUAAUAAUUAAAUAAUUCUAUUAUCGUCUUGGUGAAUAUCUGACGAUUAUUUUUUUUUUUUUUAAAUAUAAUUUUGAAUAUCUACAAGUCUUCAUUUUCUUCUCUCGCUGACAUGAAUAUUUUUUGAACAGUGUGCGUUGCUGCAACUAUUUAUCAAAAGAAGAUAAAACAUAUUAAUAAAAUAUAAUCAUUUAAAAAAUUAACAUGAAUAAAUUACCAUUCAUUUUUUCAAACCAUUGAGGUUUAUUUUUCCAUUCAACUCCAAUAAAAUAAGCUGGUACACCAGACAGUGUUAUGACAAUACCCCAUCCAACAACUUCUGGUUGUACAAAGCAAGGUAAAAUAACUAAGAAGGCACAAAUUAGUACGAAUAUUAUUGGAAUAAUAAUAGGAACCUGUGUUAAACAAAAUAAUAAAUUAUUAA